AUGUACCAUUGGCAGCCCUACUACCCCCACACGUACGCCUACCACCCGAUGAUGCCUUUCCAAUACGUGUCGCCAUAUCAACAUCCCGCCACCAGCGCAGCAGCUCACUACUGGCACCAACACGCACAAUACGGCUACUACGCACCAUCAAACAAUGCGGCACAUGGAACACAAGCUUCUGCCUCCAACUACUACCACCCGCCUGCGGGACAAGCGCCAGACCGAAAUCUGCCAGAUUUCCAACAGAAUUCAGUUCAGAACGAAGCAAGUCACCCACAAUCGCGAAAAGAUCAGAAACACCGAGGCAAGCGGCGCGAACGCCCAGCGAAGCAGAAAAUUGGGAGAAACCCAGUGAUUUAUCAGGUUCCUAUGUCAUCGGAUGGUGCCUACGAGGAAGGCCGAGACAGCAGGACUGGGCAGUGCUCUCAGAUGCACUGGGAUGUGUAUGGUAAAGACGCGGGAGGAGGAAGUCGCUAA